AUUAAAGGAUGAGUUAUAAGCCUUAUAAGCCAAUUUCUGAUGAAUAGCAUUCCUUAGACAUAGCAGAUGAUGAUGGCGAAUUAGAUAUUAUAGUUGAGAGAAAGGAAAAGCAUAAGCCAAGUUAAAAAUCUUUUCUAAUAUGGAUUAUUAUUGUCACAAUUCUUGGAGCUAUUUUGAUUUAUGUUGGUUAGAGUGAUUCAUAAAUGACUGGAUAGAAAAAUAAAAUUCUUAAUAAUGCAAAUGUGAAUAAAACAAGUAAUAUGUGUUUUAAUUUAUAGUUAUUCCUGAGAAAAAGGAAUAGAUAAUAUAAAAUGUAGAUUAAACAUAAUUUGAAGAAAAGAAUGAUGAUCUACAGAAGAAUGAUUCUAAUGAAAAUUAAGAAGAUAUAAAUAAAACACAUAGCAAUAUUACUGAAGAAUAGGAAAAUAAGGAGGAUUUAAAGGAUUAAUAAAAUAUUGAUUCUGAAGGUAAAAUAGAUAGAUGAUUAAAUUAGAAUUAUAAAAAUAAACAGAUUAAUUAAAUAAAGAGAAAAAAGAUAAUUUAAAACAUAAAAAUGAUAUAGAGAGAGUCGAUGAAAUAUAGUAGGAUAAAAGAUUUAGUGAAGUAUUAUGUGAAAGUGGUUAUUAUAUGAAUAAAAGUGAGAAGAAAUGUAAAAAAUGUGAAGAUAGAUGUGCUGAAUGUAUGCAUAUAAUUGGAACUUGUUAUAAAUGUUAAAGUGAAGUAUCAUUUAUUGGUAUUAAGAGUUUUACUUAAAUAAUUAUGGGAGGUGUAUAUAAAAAUGUGAAGGAAAACAUGACUCGAGUAAUUUAUUAUUAUCAGAUGAAAAUAAAAAUUAAAGUAUUCCUAUAUGUUUUGGUACAAAUUAUACUUCUUCACUUUUUAUGACUGUUUAAAAGUCAAAAAAUACACAUUUUGUUAUGCCAUAUUUAAUAAUUCAUCCAGCAACUCAUGUUUCAUUAAUUUAUCAUAGCAAUUAUCCUCUAGUUUAUUAUUUUAAUAAAGAUAUUUUUAAUUUUGAAGAUGGAAUGAAAAUUAAUGAUAUCAUCACUUAGGCUUAAGAAAAAUAAUUAAUUGUGAUUGUAAUAGGAUCACAUACAUUAUAUGAUUAUUCUUUAUUUAACUCUUUUUUAUUUUAAGAAGCAGUUCAAAAUAUUGAACAUAUAGUGAAGGCUAAAAGUUCUACUUUUAGAGCUUUUUUUGGUUAAGAUUAUAAUGCAUAUGGAGUCAUCAAAGAAUAUGAAUCAUAAUAUAAAAAUAAUACAAUUGAUUUGGUUAUAUCAGAUGAUCCACUAGAAAUAGAACAGUAAAUAAUUUAUAUUAUAUUUAUAGUGAAUAAUUAGAGGCUAACUAAUUAGUUACUCAUGAAUAACAUUAUAAAGAUUAAAAAUUUGAAUCUUUACAAGGAUCUUAAUCUUAAAAAACUACUGUUAUUUUAUUAUUUCAUACAAAAAGUGAAUAAGACCAAAAUGAUUAUUGUUUAAAAUUUUAGUAUGUUUCUUUCUUGUAAUGUGCCUUGAGAGAAGUUCAAAUAAACCAUAUCUAGAGAAUGAGAUAAGGAUUUGAAUUAAUUUCAUAAUUUGUUGUAUAACCAGAUUUAUGA